UUAUGAUGUACUUGAAGAAAAGCCCAAGAUCUUAUACCUCAGAUUGCCUAUUGUUGACCGUCCUAGAAGUUCGGCUCAAGGCAAAGCAUUCUAUGAGGUGAAUCGUAGUGUGUGCGCCACGAUAGAGCUGAGCAAAAAGGGCUCUGUUCUCAAAUUCACUGAUGUUAUCCGCUCUGAUGGGGAGCCGUUUGGGCCACUUGUGAAAGGUUCUAGUUUCACCAUUCACUCCUAUACUUUGUCCUCCUUAGAUGGGUCAUGGGAUAAGCAUGUGGCCAUCACAUCUGAAGAGCUGUGGGCUUUAAACAGACGUAUAGGUCUGCCGCGUGAUAUCCUGAUGUUCCCUCUUGUGAGCAUGCUGAAUUCCAACAUCGCAUACUUUUUGGUCUCAGAGUCUGCCGAAGAAGAAAACAGCAAGGUUUCUCUGGUCACAAUUCAAUUAAGUACCAAGGAAGUGCUGGCAGUUGAUCCAUAUAUUUCAAGAGAAGAAGGCAGCCCCAGUGGCCCAGAUGCUGACAUGCUUGAGGAAAAGUCUCAUCUCCUAAGGAGUUUCAUUUCCUCCAGGUUCCCCACGUACUUAACACAGGAACCGUCUGACAUGUUGAGGUCAUUGAGUGUGACUGGACAACCGACUGAAAUCGUGCCGAGGGAGAAGGUUCAUAGACCAAGGGCCAAGUGAAGUGUGCAGUAGAGAGCGUCGCAAGGUCAGGUUUUCCUUUCUGUAUGGAUGAGAUGCAAUCCCUGAGAAAUUUGAGCUUCUUGAUCUGAUCCCGUCUUGUUCUAUCCAUCAAAGGUUGUGUCUCAGGUCCUGGAGGACUUAGUGAACAAUUGGGCCUGUUUGCAUCUUGCUGCGUGUUCAUUCUGGAAUCUGUGUUACUUUUAGUGGGAAUUGCUAGAAUCCCUGAGUUUGUAGGCCGCUUAAAUUCAUGUGGUGCAGCUCGAUCAAGAAUGAGAGCGAGGAAAGUUGCACUGUCCGUGGAUGAGUAGCGCAUCCUGACGCAGUCAUCUUUGAGCCAAGAGAUAUGCUCGAAUUUGUUUGUUAGGUCUGAAUCUGACGGU